AAGCGGGAGUUUCCUCCUGAACUUGAAAAGUCAGUCUUGACGCCCCCCUCCCUCAGUUUUCACCCACAACAGGAGUUGAGUUGUCCGCCGCUCUCCAAAAAGUGACUCCGGCGAGCUGUGCACUAAUGAAGAAAUAACCGGACUGGAAAAAUGAAAGCGCUAUCUCUACUCGCACUCGCUGCGUUGCUAUGGCAAUGCAGCCUAGCUCAGCAAAGGGGCCUGUUCCCUGCGGUGCUGAACCUGGCCACCAUGGCCAACAUCACGGCCAACGCCACGUGUGGGCAGGAGGGGCCCGAGAUGUACUGCAAACUGGUGGAGCACGUGCCCGGACAGCCCGUCAGGAACCCACAGUGCCGCGUGUGCAACAUGCAGAGCGCCAGAGCUUUUGAGCGUCACCCUAUCGAGUAUGCCAUCGAUGGGACUAACAGGUGGUGGCAGAGUCCCAGCAUCAAGAACGGCAUGGUCUACCACUACGUUACCCUCACGCUGGACUUAAAACAGGUGUUCCAGAUCGCCUACGUGAUCCUAAAGGCGGCCAACUCCCCGCGCCCCGGCAACUGGAUUCUAGAACGUUCCCUGGACGGCGUGACGUUCACCCCGUGGCAGUACUACGCCAUCACCGACACGGAGUGCCUGACGCGCUACAACGUGGUGCCCCGCACCGGCCCGCCCUCUUACACCCGCGACAACGAGGUCAUCUGCACCUCCUUCUACUCCAAGAUCCACCCCCUGGAGAACGGAGAGAUCCACACGUCGCUUAUCAACGGGCGCCCGAGCGCGGAAGACCCCUCGCCAGCCCUGCUGAACUUUACCUCCGCCCGCUACAUACGCCUGCAGUUCCAGCGAAUCAGAACGCUCAAUGCCGACCUCAUGACCUUGUCCCAGAACGAUCGCGUGCGCGAAGUGGACCGCAUCGUCACCAGGCGUUAUUACUACUCCAUAAAGGACAUCUCCGUGGGAGGCAUGUGUAUCUGCUACGGCCACGCCAAAGCCUGCCCCUUCAACGACCAGACCAAGAAAUUCAGCUGUGAGUGUGAACAUAACACCUGUGGGGAGAGCUGUGACCGCUGUUGCCCGGGUUACCACCAGCGACCAUGGAUGGCCGGAACCUUCCUCACACGACACGUCUGCGAAAAGUGUAACUGCCAUGGCAAGUCGGCAGAGUGCUACUUCAACCAGACAGUGGCCGAGCGGGGGCUGAGCCUCAACACGGACGGCGAGUACGAGGGAGGCGGAGUCUGUCUGUCCUGCACCAGGAACACGGCCGGCAUCAACUGCCAAUCAUGCAGCCAGGGAUACUACAGACCCGUCGGAGUGAGUCCAGAUGAGCCGAACCCUUGCAGGCCUUGUUCGUGCGAUCCUAUUGGCUCUCUGCAUGAUGCCUGCGUACCUGACCAAUCCCAGGCUGAAGGCGAGUUGACGGCAGGCUCGUGCCGCUGUAAGCCUGGCUAUGGAGGAGAGAAGUGCCAGCGUUGUGACUACGGCUACACCGGCUACCCCCACUGUGUACGCUGCAACUGCAGCAUGCAGGGCAGCACCAACGAGGACCCCUGCCAAUCCCCCUGCAUGUGCAAGGAGAGUGUUGAGGGAGAGAACUGUGACCGCUGCAAGCUGGGCUUCUACAAUCUCCAGGGCAACAAUCCCCGCGGCUGCGAGAGGUGCUACUGCUCCGGAGUGACCGACCAAUGCCACAGCUCCCACUGGGCCUACGCCAACGUGACUGACAUGUCUGCCUGGUAUCUGACUGGUCCAUCUGGAAAAGAAAGGAUGUGGCCAACCCGGGACUCCGCCCACCAGCUGAGCGUACGCAACCAGGUCGCCCGGAAUCACCUGCCCAAGACAUACUACUGGAGCGCACCUGAGCAUUACCUGGGCAACAAGCUGGCGGCGUACGGCGGCAGCCUGAUGUACAGCGUCUCCUAUGACACGGAGUGGAGGGAUAAAGUGGCGCGCGUUGUCACCGGCCCUGAUGUCAUCAUCGAGGGCGACGGUCUGAAAUUGAUGGACAGCUCGGGAGGCCAGCCGGUGUACCCGUUUGCGGAGAGCAACAGGCGGGUGUUGCUGGUGCCGGAGAGCUUCCAGCACGCGGACACGAGGCAGGCGGUGAGCCGCGCGGAGCUGAUGGCCGUGCUCCACAACAUCCAGAGACUACUCAUCAGGGCAACCUACUGCGAUGAUCACACUGCCAUCUACAGGCUUAGCUCGGUGGCUCUGGAGGAGGCGCGUGAGGAGGCUGAGGGGGAGAACAGAGCUGUCUCCGUGGAGGUGUGCCAGUGUCCCCAAGGCUUCAGCGGAGCCUCCUGCGAGGGCUGUCUAUCGGGCUACCGCAGGGUGAACAGCACGGUGUACCAGGGCAGCUGUGAGCCCUGUAGCUGCCACGGACACGCCACCGAAUGUGACCACAUCACUGGAGCCUGCUUGGGUUGUCGUGACCACACCACCGGGCCCCAUUGUGACACGUGUGCCACUGGUUACUAUGGAGACGCUACCAAGGGAACGCCCAGCGACUGCCAACCAUGCGCGUGUCCACUGCUGGCUCCCUCCAACAACUUCAGUCCGACGUGUCACCUGGGCCGCGACGGGGAGUUAGUGUGUGACCAGUGUCAGCCUGGAUACACCGGACCACGCUGUGACAGCUGUUCCAAUGGCUACUUCGGGCGCCCGGGCGUGGCGGGGGGGUCGUGCCGGCCGUGCGAGUGCAACGAUAACCUGGACACGUUGGCGCCGCGCAGCUGCGACCCGGUGAGCGGCGCGUGCCUGAAGUGCCUGGAGGGGUACGCCGGCGACACCUGCCACACCUGCUCUGACGGCUUCUAUGGCGACGCCAUCACGCUCAAGAACUGCGCGUCUUGCGAGUGUCACCCCAACGCGUCCCGCUCGGCAGUGUGUGAUAAGCAGUCGGGGCAGUGCCAGUGCCGGCAGCACGUGGUUGGACGCAAGUGCGAUGAGUGUAUGCCGAACUAUUGGUGGGACGGCGAGCGCGUCCAGUGCCGGCCUUGCAACUGCAACCGGCGCGGCUCCAUGUCCCAGCGCUGCGACGCGGAGGGCCGCUGCCUCUGCCGCCCCGGCUUCGUGGGCCACCACUGCGGUGUGGCCCGGCCCCAGCAGCAGGGCCAGCAGGGCCCCGACCGCAGGGAGAGCCAGAGGCCCGUGCUGCAGGUGCCCCUGGAGCAGCUGGAGAAGUGGAGCAACACGGGGCGGCGCGGGGGCUGCCCCAGAGGAGCCUACCGCCCCACAGUGCCGGAGCAUCACCUCGACUCUGCGCGCGGCUGCGUGCCGUGCCACUGCAACUCGUUUGGCUCCAAGUCGUUUGACUGUGACGAGGGCGGCCAGUGCCGAUGCCAGCCGGGCGUGACGGGCCAGAAGUGCGACCGCUGCAAACCGGGACACUUCAACUUCCAGGAAGGCGGCUGCACACCGUGCCAAUGCUCUCACGUGGGCGAUAACUGCGAUGCCAACACUGGCCAGUGCAUCUGCCCCCCCAACACCAUCGGGGAGCGCUGCGACAAGUGUGCACCUAACCACUGGGGGCACGACAUCAGCACCGGCUGCAAGGCGUGUGGCUGUGACGUGGUAGGCUCCAUGAGCCAGCAGUGCAACCUGAACACGGGCUGCUGUGCGUGCCGCGAGCAGUUCACCGGCGAGAAGUGCAACGAGUGUAAGCUGGGACGCCGAGACUUCCCACAGUGCAUUGCGUGCGAGUGCAACGCCGCCGGAUCCACCGCCGACACCUGUGACGCGGAGCAGGGAGUGUGUGCCUGUGCCGACCGCACCGGACAGUGCUCAUGCAAGGCGAAUGUGCAGGGUCUGAGUUGUGACGCGUGUCGUGCGGGCACCUUCGGCCUGACGGUCUCCAACCCGCUGGGCUGCAGCAAGUGCUACUGCUACGGCCUGACUGGGAAGUGUACAGAGGCCCUCGGACUCAUCAGGAUGUGGUUGACCCUGAUGCCAGAGCAGACUGUCCUCCCCCUGGUGGACAGAUCCAAUCAGCAGGACACCACCCACGGGGUCUCCUUCCAGCACCCCGAGAUCAUCGCCAACGCAGACCUGGUCAAGCAGAGGCUCACCGAACCCUACUACUGGAGGAUGCCCAAGCAGUUCAAGGGAUCCAUGAUAACGGCCUACGGGGGCAAGCUGAAGUACGCCAUCUACUUUGAGGGGCGUGACGAGACGGGCCACACCUCCUACGAGCCGCAGGUGCUGAUCAGGGGCGGGGCCAACAAGGACAAGGUCAUGGUGCGUCACCUCCCGGGGCUGCAGAUUGGACAGCUGACCCGUCACGAGAUCGACAUGACAGAGCAUGAAUGGAAGUUUUCGGACAACAGGCCGCUGACGCGUGAGGACUUCAUGGACGUGCUGUUCUACGUGGAGUACGUCCUGAUCAAGGCAUCGCACGGCAGCAUGAUGCGACACAGCAGGAUCUCUGAGAUCUCUCUGGAGGUGGCUGAGGAGGGUCGUCCGUCCCCUGUGAGUCCUCGUGCCCAUCAGAUCGAGAAGUGUGACUGCCCCUCUGGAUACUCCGGCCUGUCCUGUGAGGAGUGUGCGGCUGGUUUCUACCGGCUGCGCGGCGGUGCGCCGGCGUCGAGGGCUGGCUUUGGCAGCUGCGUCAAGUGCCAGUGUAACCGCCACAGCGACACCUGCGACCCGGAGACCUCCGUCUGCCAGAGUUGUCAGGACAACACCGAGGGUGAUAAGUGUGAGCGCUGUGCUCAGGGCUACUACGGGGUGGUGCGCGGCUUCAGCAACGACUGCAAACCCUGUGGCUGCCCCCUCACUAACCCCGAGAACAAUUUCAGCCCCACGUGUGUGACUGAGGGCAUCAACGACUACCGCUGCACUGCCUGCCCUGAGGGCUACGAGGGCAAGUACUGCGAGAGGUGUUCCAUCGGUUUCCACGGUGACCCGCGUGCGCCGGGCGGGCGCUGCGAGGAGUGUAAGUGUGACGCGUGGGGGGCGCUGCCGCAGCCCUGUGACCCCGUGACGGGCCAGUGCCAGUGUCGUCACGGCUCCCGUGGCCUCAAGUGUGACCGCUGCAUGGAAAGGCAUGUGUGUGGGCCUGCCGGCAUCGUGUCCUGUGACGACGAGUGCAGCGGUCUUCUGCUCAGUGACAUGGACAAGCUCCUCAGGCUGAUCGACGGGGUGAACCUCACCCUGCCUCUCCCCCCCCCCUACAAGAUACUCUACCGCUUCGAGAACAUGACUGAGGAGCUCAAACACAUGCUCUCUCCACAGAGGGCGCCAGAGAGGCUGUUGCAGCUGGCUGACAGCAACCUGGGCAGCUUGGUGACAGAGAUGGACGAACUACGCAGCCGAGCCACCAAGGUGUCAGCUGAUGGCGAGCAGACAGACUCUGAUGCUGAGAGCACCCACCAGAGAGCGGAGGAGCUGGAGCAGUUCAUCAAGAACACCCUGCUAGCUGCUGAAGCGCUGCGAGACAAAGCCCAGGACCUGAAUGCCAGUCUGGGCCGUCGCGACGGGGCGCCGGAGAAGAGCCUGAACGAGAUGCAGGAGGAGAUCGAAGCCAUGCUCGCCGAGAUGAGGAAACGACAGCUCGCGGGGAAGAAGACCAUCGCAGAGGACGAACUGGGGGCGGCGGAGGCGCUGUUCCAGAAGGUGAAGCGUCUGUUCGGGGACCCCCACCAGGCCACGGAGGACCUAAAGGAGGAGGUGACGGGCAAGAUGGAGGAGCACUACGCCAAGCUCAACGACACCCAGGAGCUCCUCAAGGAGGCGCAGGCCAACACCAAGCAGGCCGCAGCAACGUCCGACGCCAACCAGCGCAAACUGGACGCACUGCAGCGUAAGCACAAGGCUGCUCUGGCCGGGAAGAAGGCCACGGAGGCGGAGCUAGAGGAAGGAGAGAGACUAUUGGACGAGGCCAACCUGCUCUCAGACAACCUCAACCAGGACGUGGAGGAGCUGGAUGCUAUGAGCCGUGAGCUGGGUCCUCUUCAUGACCAGCUGGACUACAAGGUGAGCCGACUGACGGACGGCCUGAGUGACAACACACUACCAGAGCUUCUACUGAGGGCAGAAGACCACGCCGCACAGCUCAACGAGUCUGCCGCCAUACUGGACGGUAUCCUGGCGGGUGCUAAGAAUCUGUCCUUCAACGCCACGGCGGCCUUCAAGGCCUACAGCAACAUCAAGGACUCCAUCGAGGAGGCCGAGCGCGUCGCCAAGGAGGCCAGGGCACAUAGCAACGAGGCAGUGCAGCUGGCUACUGGUCCCGAGGGCCCCGUGAAGGACGAGGCCAGGGGCUCCCGACAGAAGAGCAACAAGCUGCUGGAGCAGGCCAAGAAACUGGAGAACGACGUCAACGAUAACGGAGAGGCAUUGGAUAACCUGAAGGGGCGCAUGAAGGCAGCGGGGGGGAAGAACGCUGGACUGAUGAAGGACCUCAACGACACUCUGGGCAUGCUCGCCACCAUCCCCGACGAUACGGCGGCGAAGAUCCAAGCGACCAAGCUGAAGGCUGGCGAGGCCAACGAGACGGCGGAGGAGGUUCUAGAACGCCUGCGGGACAUGAACCUGAACCUCAUGGGCAUCCAGCGGAACUACAGCAAGCUGGCGGACGACGUCAGCAAGGCCAACAACAUGAUACAGGACCCCGACCAGAACAUCCACGCGGCGGGUGCGAAGGUGCGCGACCUGGAGAACGAGGCGGACCGCCUACUGGAGAAGCUGAAGCCCAUGCAGGAGCUGCAGGACCAUCUGAAGAAGAACAUCUCGCAGAUCAAGGAGCUCAUCAACCAGGCCCGCAAGCAGGCCAACUCUAUCAAAGUGUCUGUGUCGUCUGGAGGCGACUGUAUCCGAGCCUACCGGCCCGACAUCAAGAAGGGCAGUUACAACACCAUCGUCCUCAACGUCAAGACCCUCACCGCAGACAACCUGCUCUUCUACCUCGGCAGUGCCAAAUACGUGGACUUCCUGGCCAUCGAAAUGCGUAAGGGCAAGGUCAACUUCCUGUGGGACGUGGGCUCAGGAGUGGGCCGAGUGGAGUACCCCGACCUGACCAUCGACGACGGCAACUGGCACCGCAUCGAGGCAACACGGAGUGGCAUGAACGGCAGUAUCUCGGUUCACCCACUAGAGGGCCCCAGAGCGGGCAUCCUGCCCACCACCACCAGUGCCCUCUCCCCCCAGUCCUUCACCGUGCUUGACGUCGACCAAAACGCAUACCUGUUCGUCGGUGGCAUACUGGGCACCGUCAAGAAAGCAGACGCGGUGAAGACCACCACCUUUAAUGGCUGCAUGGGAGAGACCUUCCUGGACAAGAAACCCAUCGGCCUGUGGAACUUCCGAGAGCGGGAGGGAGACUGCAAGGGAUGCGCUGUCAGUCCCCAGCCCGCGGACUCGGAGGGCACGGUCCAGUUUGACGGCGAGGGCUACGCCGGCGUCAGCAAGCCCACGCGAUGGAACCCGAACAUCUCCACGGUGAUGUUCAAGUUCCGCACGCUCUCCUCCAACGCGCUCGUCAUGUACCUCGCCACCACAGACAUGAAGGACUUCAUGGCUGUGGAGCUGUCUGAAGGUCGCGUGAAGGUCAGCUUUGACCUUGGCACAGGUACGGGUACUGCCACCACUACUCGCCGCUACAACGACGGCAAGUGGAAGUCCUUCACCAUGUCCCGCAGCAAGAACCAAGGCAUGGUGACGGUGGUUGACGUUGACAGCAGUGAGGAGGAGAGGGUGGAGGUGGCGUCCAAGGGAGCCAGCUCUGGACUAAACCUGAAGGACGAGAGGAUCUACUUUGGCGGCCUGCCCAUCAUCGGCAACUACAGUCAAGGCAGUAUCAAGUCAAGGCCUGAGGUGACCACUAAGAGGUAUGCGGGAUGCCUGAAGGACAUAGAAGUUUCCAGAACACCCUACAACCUGCUCAGCAGCCCCGACUACACCGGACUCGCCAAGGGAUGCUCAAUAGAGGACCUCCACACGGUGAGCUUCCCCAAGCCGGGCUACAUGGAGCUGCCCCGCACCGCCUUCCUGGUGGGCACGGAGAUCUCCCUGUCCUUCAGCACCGCCAGCGACACGGGCAUCAUCCUCUACGGCAAGGGAGGCAUCCCGCUCUUCCAGCAGAACACACGACGCAGACGCAGGCAGACGGGAGAGCCGUUCCUGCUGGUCCAGCUGCGUGAGGGGGAUCUGGAGGUGAUGGUGUCCACUGGAGGCAAGAACACUCGCAAGAUCGUCCGCAAACCUGACGACAACAUCCUGCACGACGGACGCGAACACUCCCUGCGCAUCGAGAGGAUCGGAGGGUCGUUCUCGUUGCUGGUGGACGAGGAGGAGAGGCUGGAGCAGGUGUUGACGAGCCCCCAGCCCCUGCACAUCGAGCGGCUGUUCGUGGGAGGCCUGAGCCCCGACGUGGAGGCCUCCUCCAGCAGGCCCAACCUGCCCUUUGACGGAUGCAUCUGGAACCUGCUUAUUAACACUGUGCCUGUAGACUUCUCUCGACCAGUGGCAUUUGACAAUGCUGAAAUAGGGCAGUGUCCUAACCUGGCCCCGCCCCCGCCCCCGCCCCCUGGUCCUCUGCCAACGGAGGGCGGAGAAGGUGGUGAUGGGGGAGAAGGAGAUGAAGAGGGGGCAGAGGGGGGAGAAGGAGAGACACCCGCCCCAGUCCCACCACCACUCCCGCCAUCCACUGUGCCGUGUGCUGCUGAGACAGAUCCCGUCGUCCUGGAGAUGGGCAAACAGUUUGGUCUCUCCAGAAACAGCCACAUGGCCUUCCAGUUCGAUGACACCAAGGUCAAGAACAGGCUGAUCAUUGAGUUUGAGAUCCGCACGACGGCCUCGUCCGGCCUGGUGUUCUACAUGGCACGUAUCAACCACGCCGACUUCGCCACCGUGCAGAUCAAGGAGGGGCAGGCCCACCUGGGCUUCGACCUCGGCCACGGAAACACCUCCAUCGGGGUGCCGCGCAUCAUCAAUGACGGACAGUGGCACAAGAUCCGUGUGGUGAGGACGAAGCAGAAGGGGAUCCUGACGGUGGACGGACGCUUCACCAAGACCACCACCAGCCCCAAGAAGGCGGACAUCUUGGAUGUGGUGGGCAUGCUCUACGUAGGGGGCCUGCCCAUCAACUACGUUACCAAGAGGAUCGGACCGGUGGUGUACAGUAUCGACGCGUGCAUCAGGAACUUCAAGAUGGUGGACAGCGAGGUGGACCUGGAUAACCCCGCCUCCAGCUACCGCGUGGGCUCCUGCUUCGCCAACCCCGAGAAGGGCACACACUUCCAGGGCACAGGGUUCGCCAAAGCAGUGGCCACCUAUAAGGUGGGUCAGCAGGUGUCUGUGGAGUUUGAGUUCCGCACCUCCAGGAGCGACGGCGUCAUCAUGGGGGUCAGCAGCCAAUCAGAGGGCAUGGGCAUCGAACUGGUCAACGGCAAGCUCCUCUUCAGUGCUGAUAACGGCGCUGGCCUCUUCACGGCACUCUACUCCCCGGAGGAGGAGGCAAGGCUAUGCGACGGCCAAUGGCAUUCGGUCGCCGCCCACAAGCAGAAGCACCGUCUGGAGCUGGUGGUCGACGGCAAGAGUGUGGAGGCCAUCAGCCCCCGGAGCGCCCCCUCGGCAGACACCAACGACCCCAUCUACUUCGGCGGAUACCCAGCGGGCCUGAAGCAGGCUGGGCUGACCACGGCCGCCCCCUUCAAGGGUUGCCUGCGCGAGGUCAAGAUCAUCAAGGCGGGCAAGGUCCUGGAGGUGCAGUUCAACAAGGCCCUGGAGAUCAGCGGAGUCCAGCCCCUCACCUGCCCCGCCGCAUAACGACCCCCCCCACACCACACACACCAGACCUGACACACACACACACACAUAUAUGAUCCUGCUGCAUA